CUGUGUUUGCGUCAUCACUGUGCGUCGUGUUCUGUUUCCUUCAGUAGUUUUGUCCUCGGACUCCUCGCACUGAUCAGUGAUCAUGUUUCCAGCGGUACUGCGCGCAGGAUUAAGGAGUUUAAGCCGAACACGAACAUCAUACACAGUCCCUCUGGCUGUGAGAUGUUAUAGUCAUGCCAAAGCUGAAACAGAUGAAGAGUUUGACUCUCGCUGGGUGAUGUACUUCAGCAAACCAGACCUCGAUGCAUGGGAACUACGCAAAGGUAUGAACACACUGAUUGGUUACGAUCUCGUUCCUGAGCCCAAGAUCUUAGAUUCUGCUUUGCGCGCCUGCAGACGCUUGAAUGAUCUGGCCAGCGCCAUCCGCAUCUUAGAAGCUGUCAAAGAUAAAUCAGGACCUCAUAAGGAGAUCUACCCAUAUGUGAUCCAGGAGUUGAAUCCCACACUGAAGGAGUUGGGAAUCUCCACUCCAGAAGAGCUGGGCAUUGAUAAAGCAUGAAGCUGUUUGCGGUCAGGGUUUUUUGACGAGGAUUCUACCUCACCACUUACUGUGUGAUUUUCAGGAAGUCAAACUUUUUUCUGUCUGUAUAACAUUAUGGACCCAAUAAACAAAACUGUACUGAAA